AUGGUCGCCCACGAACGUCCUAUUCACCUUGCGAAGCGGCAAGGUCCAGAUCCGCUCAGUGUCUCCGACGCUAUAGGCGUCAACCCAUCGUCUACACUUGUGGUCGAUACUGCAGCGGCGACAUCCGUAACAAACCUUGCUUUCAAUCCCACUGCUUCGAGUAAUCCCGGUGCUACAGCACCUCCCCUGAACCCCGCAAACCCAUUCUCAACGCCGGUGGUUACUAGCUCAGUGACGCAGAUAAGCGCUGCAUCUUCUACAUCGGAACCUGUUCCUACAGCAGCAGAUGCCUCUUCGGGCGACUCUUCGCCAUCCUCUCUCUCUGCAAGCGCGAAACCCACUAUAGCCAUGGGCACAGUAAUUGGCUCUUGCGUCGGUGCCUUCGUUGGUGCCAGCUUACUCAUUCUCAUUGCGCUGUGGUAUUACAAACGCUAUUCCAAGUCCCUCAAAGCCCGUGUAAAUGCACGCGGGCCGCUCUCGCACAGUCGCAAUCUUAAUGCGGGCGAGCAGCGGAGAUCGCGUCUCGAGCCAUGGAACAAGCUCGAAGAUAGCGACGACAAAUGGGAGGACAUGUACCAGACAAAGGAAAUGAAGGAAACCGAACAAGUGGCGCCAAUGGAGAAGCUAACGAUGUUCAAGAAGACACCUAGCGUGCGUACGGCAUACACGCACAAGUCGACCAAUAUUGCCUCUUUUGACUUCCCUCAGACUUAUUCGGAUAUCGGCGCGACCCAGGCUCAGGCGACUCCUAUGCCAGUUCCCCGCCCGUUCCUUGAUCGAAUUGACGUCAACCCGGAGAUGACAUCGAGCUGGGAGACACAGACAGGCAAUGGAUCAUAUCUCUCUGUCCACUCACAAGCCGAUGGAGGGAGGAUGUCACCUACAACCGCUAUGGCAAUUCCCACCCCACAUCCCGUUGCCUCAGAAGCACACAAAUGGGAGUCUGCCGAAGUGGUGCACUACACGGACGCCGCUCCUAUCGCAGACGCCGCCAGCGACCCGGAAGCCAACAACAGAAGGAGCAUCCAUAAUCCAUUCUUCAAUGCUCAGGACACCGAUUUCCAGCCGCGAUCGCGCUCUAACUCAGUCGUCAAGUCGGCCAAGUCGAAAGGCAAAGAGAAAAUGCGCUACUCGAACGUGUCGACUGUCUCAGCCGCGCACUCGGUGAAUCCAUUUGAGGACAUUAACACAGAACUACCUCCGCGCCCUACGUUUGUGCAGCAUGCGGCGACAGCUUCGUCGUCGUCGACGGAGAGCAAGGAGCGCGCGCUGCAGUCGCUGAUUGCGGCGCUUGACGUAUCGGAGGAUGAAGUUAGAGACCGUUUGCGGAUUGCGUCGAUGCAGCCGUCGGUCAUCUCACAAACGUCAACUGCUGGGUAUGACGAGGAAGCCGACGUAACGAAGGAGUUCCCGCUCCCACCUCCCAGGGCCGCAUAA